ACCGAGGAAGUUUCCAUUUGAAUAAUUCAGCUUUCUUCAACAACAGAAAAUUCGCCAAACGACGCUAACGCAGAGCUGACCUCAGUUUUCUCCAAAUCAAAGUCUCAAAAAACCUAAUCUCCACUUCUUUAAAAUUAUUACAAAUCAGCUUCAACGAUUCUAGUCGUUUUAGCUUAUCUAUGCCCUCUCCCUUAUCUAAAUCCCAACAUUACAAUGUUAAGGUUUUGCCUUUUGGGGGUUGUCUUGUUGUUCCUCGUUCCUUCUCCGGUCUCCGCCGGUUUCUACCCCAACUCCUCCGCCAUUCCGCCGGAUCUCCGCCGUAACGCCACCGAGAACGUCUGGAACUCUUUCAUGAAUUUCACCGGCUGCCAUGCCGGCAUGAAAGUCAAUGGCCUCUACAAGCUUAAACAAUACUUCCAACAUUUUGGCUACAUCCGACAAACUCUCCCCAAAAACUUCACCGACGACUUCGACGACAUCCUCAAGAACGCCGUGGAAACGUACCAAAGAAACUUCCACCUAAAUAUCACCGGAGAACUCGACGAGCUCACUCUAAAACACGUCGUGAUGCCACGUUGCGGCGUCCCGGACAUAGUUAACGGCACGUCAACCAUGCAUAACGGAAGAAGAAGAACCUACGAGGUCUCCUUCUCCGGGAAGGGCCCACGUUUCCACGCCGUCAAACGCUACUCGUUUUUCCCCGGAGAGCCACGGUGGCCAGAACGCAACCGCGAUCUAACCUACGCGUUCGACCCGCGAAACUCGUUGACCGAGGAAGUCAAGAGCGUGUUCUCACGCGCGUUCGUUCGUUGGGCGGAGGUGAUUCCGGUGACGUUCACGCGCGUGGAGGUGUUCUCCAUCUCCGACAUCAGAAUCGGAUUCUACUCCGGCGAUCACGGCGACGGAGAACCGUUCGACGGCGUGAUGGGAACGUUGGCGCACGCGUUUUCGCCUCCUAAUGGACAUUUUCACCUCGACGGAGACGAGAACUGGAUUGUCUCCGGCGACGUAGGCGGAGAUAGGUUGCUCUCCGUGACGGCGGCGGUUGAUUUGGAGUCGGUGGCGGUUCACGAGAUUGGUCAUCUUUUAGGGUUAGGUCAUUCCUCGGUUCAAGACUCGAUCAUGUAUCCAACUAUCACGACUGGGAGGCGUAAGGUUGAUUUGACGAGUGAUGACGUGGAAGGAGUUCAGUAUUUGUACGGUCCGAAUCCUAACUUCAACGGCUCUAGAUCUACACCACCACCGUCUACUCAACAGCGAGACACCGGAGAUUCUGGUGCUGCUGGUGGUAUCGACGGCUCUAGACCGGUUUUGACUAGUCUAUUGAUGUCGACCGUUGGAUUGUUUUUGUUGUAUUUAUAGUAGAUUAUUAGUCUCUAAUGUAUAUGAUUGAAUUGGUUAUUCUUUUGGUUUAUUUUUU